AUGUCCGAGAUAACACGAAAGAGACCAUUAGAUGAGAAGGAAUCUGACCAAAGAGGCACUAAAAUUGCUAAAAAGGAUGAACCAUCAGAUGAAGCUAGUGUUGCUGAGAUGAAGAAGGAAGAAGAAGAAGAAGAAGGGAAAGUCAGUGAAGUAGGGAAAGUCGAUGAAAACAAAAAUCUCAGCAAUGUAAACAGUGUUGAUAGCGAGGAACCUACAACAAGCAUCGAAGAGACUUGUGACCCAGGUGCUAUUCAGAAGGACGAGGUAGAUGAUGAAAAAGAGAAUUCAAAUUCAAAUAAGGAGGAGGGUAAGGUUAAAACUAACAGUGGUGAUGGAGAGACUCCAAAAAAAACCGGAUUUGUGUUUGGUUCUACUACCACAUUUGGAAAAAUGGGUGGCUUUAAAAUGGUUGGUAAUUUUUCAAUGAAAAACAAAUCAGAAAAAAGUGAUGUAGUGGAUGGAAAAAGUGAUAAUAACGAAGAAGCCAAAAACGAAGAAGAUCAGCCAAAGGAAAGGGAAGAAGCUUUAGACAAUAAAGAAAAUGAGACUAAUAAAAACACAGCAAAGAAACCGGUAUUUGGAAGUGGUGCAACAUUUGGUAAUGCUUUUCAAAUGGCAAUUAAUAAAAAGUCUGUUUUCGAUGAAUUACAAUCGAAGAGUGAGUUGAAGAACCAGGAAACUGGGAAUCCUUCCGUUGAAGGUAAAGCUGAUGUUUAUCAAAAGGUACAGCUUGAGAAACAAGAUGUUAAAUCAGGAGAGGAGAAUGAAGAGAAUAUAUUUCAAAUUAAGGCGAAACUGUACCAUAUGGAGUUAUCAAAGUCGUCCUUAGGAUGGAGAGAAAGAGGUUUUGGUGUUAUCAAGGUUAACAAGUUUAUUGAAUCUCCUAGCGAAAAAUAUAAUUCUCGUGUAGUCAUGAGGAGUAAUGGUAAUUUGAAAUUGAUUCUUAAUGUUCCAAUUGUGAAAGGAUUGAACGUUUUGAAAGGGUUGCCAAGUUCACUGCAUGGGAACAAAUUUAUACGAUUACAGAUGAUUGAAGAAGGGGAGCCGGUUCAAUAUGCAAUUAAGGUUGGACAGGCUGAAAAUGCCGAGAAACUUUUCGAGUUUAUUCAGGGUCAAAUUCCUAAAUAG